AUGGGCUUGCAACGAGGCGUGUGGCUGCUGCUGGCCCUAGUGGCCGCGGCGCUGCUCUUGCUCCCGUCGGAGCGUGUGCAUACGACACAGACUGAAGUGAAGCGUGUACAUAGACUGAAGGAUGUGCGGGGUUUCCUCGCACAGCGCACGAAAAAUGCGCUGUACUCCGUGAACGAGCCGGGGGCGUGGGAGGCGGUGGACGUCGUCGCGCCCAACGUAACCGACCGCGAAACGCUGCUUAUGCUGGCACACAUGGCGACGCAGGCCUACUACAAGAUACCCGCUCCGAUUCCGAACGCGCCGCAGUGGAAAUGGUCCUCCGCGUUUGGAUGGGAGCAAGAGGGGCUGCGUGGCCACAUCUUUGCCACGGAGAACAACCGCACGGUGGUCGUCGCGCUGAAAGGAACCAGCGCCUCGUUCCUCCCUGGCGGAGAUACCGGUGGGCGCGACAAGGACAAUGACAACCUCUUGUUCUCGUGCUGCUGCGCGGCCGUGUCCAAGGCCUGGACGCCGGUGUGUGGGUGUGCCGGUGCGGACAACCAGUGCGACGCGUCGUGCGUCGGCCGCGCGCUGAUUGAAAAGUCGCUGUACUACCCCGCGGCGACCGACAUGUACAACAACAUCUCCUACUUUUACCCCGACAGCCAGCUGUGGAUCACCGGGCACAGCCUCGGCGGUGUCCUGGCGAGCUUCUUGGGCAUGACGUUUGGCGUGCCCGCCAUCGCAUUCGAGUCGCCGGGCGACCGCCUCGCGGCGUCGCGGCUGCACCUCCCGCUCCCACCCGCCGAGUGGUCGGACGAGGAGGCGUACGCCAUGGCGCCCGUCACGCACGUCUACCACACGGCCGACUCGCUGGCGACCGGGCAGUGCCAGGGCCCGACGUCCAUCUGCAGCCGCACGGGCUUUGCGAUGGAGACCAAGUGCCAUGCUGGGCAGAGUAUCGUGUACGACACGGUGCGGUACCUCGGCUGGUCCGUCGGCGUGCUGCCCCAUCGCAUCACCUAUGUCAUUUCCGAGCUCCUCUCGGAGGACUGGGACAAGCGCGCGGCGCGCGGCGGGCGCGCCGCGCCCGACGACCUCGGCGCGGUGCCGCGCCCUGGGCGCGAGUCUAUGUGCCAGGAUUGUAGCAAUUGGCAAUUUAUGUAG